AUGAUUCAUAGGAAACCAUUCCACGGACCAAAACGUAGACUCGUUCUCUCAAUGGACCUUGGCACUACCUUCAGCGGUAUGUCCUAUGCCGUUCUAGAUCCGGGCAAGGCUCCGGAAAUCAAGACCGUUAAUAGGUAUCCGGGACAGGAAGCCGGUGAUGCAAAGAUUCCGACUGUGGUCUGGUACGACUCAAAUGGACAGGUACUUGCCGUGGGUGCCGAAGAGCCUUCGGAGCCUCCUGUUGAGGACCCCGAAUGGCAAGAUGAUGCUGUCGAUGAGUGGGAAGACGUUCCGAAAGUUUUCAAAGUUGAAUGGUUCAAGCUCUUACUCGGCCCCAAAGGCAUGCAUACUGAUCCUGCCAUACCAUCGAUCAAGCUACCGCCUGGUAAACAGGAUGUUCUUGAAGUAUACGCUGAUUUUUAUCGCUAUAUGUAUGGGCAUGCCCGUACAUAUAUCGAACAGACUCACGCAAAUGGUGAUCUGCUUUGGGAGUCCUUCGGCGAGGACAUCGACUUUAUUCUCAGUCAUCCUAACGGCUGGGAGGGUGCGCAGCAGAGUGCGAUGCGCAGAGCCGCUAUCAAAGCAGAGUUGGUGCCGGACACGCUAGAUGGGCGAGAACGAGUCAAAUUCGUCACAGAGGGUGAAGCCAGCUUUCACUGUUGUAUCUCCAGUGGAAUGAUCAGUGAGAGUGUCGAGAUUGGGAAGAAUGUUAUGAUUGUGGACGCAGGAGGAGGUACAGUGGAUAUCAGCACGUAUACGUUCACAAAGUCAACACCAAUCGCCAUAGACGAGAUCGCUGCAUCUGGAUGUAUCUUUCAAGGUUCGGUUCUCGUCAGCAGCCGUGCAUCGGCAUAUCUGAGGCAGAGCUUGGCGUCCUCGCGCUUUGGGUCGGAGUCACAUAUACAGGCGAUCACUACUGAGUUCGAUAAGACCACGAAGAAGCGCUUCAAAGGGACGGGCGAUUCGUGGGUCAAAUUUGGCCAGCCAUCCGACAGGGAUCUCGAAUUUGGGAUUCGAAAUGGGCAGAAGAAGUUGACAGUGGACGAGAUCGCCUCCUUCUUCGACCCCGCGAUACGCGACAUCAUGCACGAAAUAGAAGCACAGCAGCGUGCAGCGAAGAAUCAUGUUAUAUCGACCUUUUUCCUAGUCGGUGGCUUCGCUGCAAGCGAGUACUUGUACACAAAGCUGCGCGGUCAACUGGAAGCGCAUGGAUCGCAGAUCUUCAGGCCUGACAGUCAUACCAAUAAAGCGGUAGCGGAGGGAGCCGUCUCCUUCCAUUUGGACCACUAUGUGUCCUCCCGCGUCGCGCGGUUUGUAUACGGGGUUGAAUGCCGCAAGCUGUUCGUUUCUCACGAUCGUGAUCAUCGUUCACGAUUUGCGACGAAAGAAAUUGCGGAAGAUGGCACAGUACGUCUGCCGAAGGGAUUCAGUAUUAUUCUUCCCAAGGGAACCCAAGUAUCAGAAACCGAAGAAUUUGAACGCUCUUUCUACCAAUCGUCAAGGACUGGGCUGUAUUGGAUCGAAAGCACUAUAUUGUGUUACAAAGGGCGACGUACUCCCUCCUGGACAGACGAAGAGCCAGGGCUAUUCUCUGCUUUGUGCACGGUUUCUGCGGACGUAUCUCAAGUGCCGAAGAUCCGUUUGAAAGGCCCAAGCGGUCGCUAUUUUCGCCAAGAUUAUGAGAUCGUUUUAUCAUUUGGUCUCACCGAAUUGAAGGCAAGAAUUUCGUGGAUGGAAAAUGGCGUGAAGAAAUUUGGCCCAGCCUCAAUUGUCUAUGAUGAAAAUUGACGCCUGAGCGACACUUUUCAAUGAUCAAUUCCGAGCCCAAUUGACAUCUGUAACGUCUAUGAUUGAAGCCCUGUUCCAGCGCAUUUUAUUUUCAUUCGAUUUUUGUUUGGUUCGAGGUAUCUCAUCUACGAUGCUACGAGUACCACUGUAUAUCUAUGCCAACUGAAGCUUGACCAGUCGUAUGCGCGAUUCGGAGAAUCUUUGAGACCGCACGGUUGCUUUCUACCAGAUUCACUGAAUUUCAGUAGUCCAAGCGUAUCACAUGGCAGUCCAGACUGCAGCAUCCUUCAUAUUUGAGGCAUGAUUAACUCUGAUUUACAAUACGUCGCUAGUACGUUGCUCCAGUACUGUAGUUGCAGCAGGACCCCGGCAUAUCCCU